UUGGAGGCCCGGGCAGCCUGAGCUUCCUGCCCGAGGGCUGGCUGCACACGGGGCUCCCUGCAGCCUCGGUGAUGACUGCUAGGCCCGGCCUGGAGACCUGACCCGGAGGGUUCCGCACCUGAACUCUGCCUCCUGGCCUACACACUGGCAGGGCGCGGGAACCUGGACGGGGCGCGGGAAGACCCCUUCCUGGGGGCAGGGCGACCAGCCCGCACGGGACUCCCUUAGCCUGGGCCUGCACCUGAGGACGAAACUCGAUCGUUGGGACCUUCAACAAGUAAAAUGCGGGAAGUUUGCUAGUAAAAACAGCGCAAAGAUCAGCGACAGUCAUCUAGAGGAAAUGCUGGUAGUAUGGCAUGUGUGAGUAGAAGACUUUCUGAAGCAGAUGGUCUUGUUUUAGGGGCUAUCCAGAUUAUGAUUGGCAGUUUUUAUGUUCUCAUGUGGUAUUUCCUUUUGAUUUUGUAUAUGGCACAAAUUGAAGGAGUCUUUGGGAUUUAUGAACCUAUAACUUUCAAAACAGCAAGUUUUCUAUGGGGGCUUACUUUUAUCAUUUCAGGAGUCUUGGUAAUAGUGGCAGCAAGGCAUCCGUCUCUGCAACUGAUUACAUACGCUUUGAUCAUGAACAUCCUCAGUAUAGUUGUUGCAGUUGCUUCAGGAAUUCUAGUAAUUAUUGAGUUGUCUGACUUUAAUUCUGUAUCAUAUAGGAAUUUUGAACAAGCGAAAUUUGGGAGGGGAGUUUCACGUAUGUUAAUGAUGUUCUACCCAUUGGAAUUUUGUAUUGCACUUACCUACUCAAUCUUCAGCUGUUUUAGUUUGUGGGAUUUUUGUGAAGAUAAGACUGCUUCACUCGCGUCAGAAGAAGAAGCUGAGACCCAUUUUUAAAACCCUUCAAACUGUGAGAUUUUCCCUGAUACUCAUGCCUGCUGUGGGCCCUAGUGACAUCUCUGUAUAACAAAGUUGCUACAAAACUCAGAUUUUGUGCAAGAGCAAAUACAAAACAAGUUGGAAAAUUUCUUCUCGGUGUGCAGUAAAUUUCUCUACACAUAUUUUUGUAGACUCCAAGUGGAACUCUUUUCCCUUUUUAAUUAUAUUAUUACAAGGAAGAAUUAAUUUUCUAGGUACUCUGAGUAGCUGUCCUGAAAGUGAUUAGUGAUUGUCUGCAGUGCCUUCUGUAAAGACUUAGAGCAUGACGCUGUAUAAUCUAUGUCCUUUCCGUUAAAGUGUGCAUUUCACUUUGAGUUCUUCUACCGGAACUAGCUUCCAUCUAAACAAAGUAUGAAUCAAAAACGCAUCCUAUUCAAUCGUUUUUCUUUGUUCCUUGCUGCCCUGAAAGUCUCUGCUGUCUCUCUCCCUUUCCAUUCCCUGUCCUGCUUAUCCCAUGUCAUUGCUUGCAUUAUCUGUUCAACGGUUUCCUGAAGCAAACAGGCUGCCUUUCCGCAGUAAGGAGAAUUUCCCAAGGAUAUGUUUUGAAUCCAGAUUCACCCCCUCUUCUAAUAUGGAAAAGAACUUCAGAAGCCUCACUCGACAAUACUAAGCAUGGCAAUGACACCAGUCAGCUGAAAGCAUUGGGUGAAGUAUUCAGUAAAGAGAACUCUGAGGCAUGAGCCCUGAAGGAGCUUCCAUUUAGGCCAGGAGGAUGGGGAGAGGACAGAGAAUUGAUGACUGCAGCCAGAGAGCCACGGCAGCCCAGAACCAUGGACAGAGGGUGAUUAUAACACCGGCAGAAGAGAGCCGUGAUGAUCAGCCCCCCGCCGCACCUUCCCCUCUUCCCGUGCUAAGUCAAAGCCUACAGACCAGCAGAGCUUCGA